AUGGAGGUUCUGACACUCAGUAACUGCGUGCUAAAGUCUGAUGCAUCUGCAGACACCAUGGUCAAGAUAUCUAAGGACGGUAUUGCAAUAAAGACCAAGGAUAAGACGCAUGUGAUGACAGGGGACGAGAUAAGGGAUGCAGAGCUGUUUUAUGGUGCAAGGAAGAUGACAAUGAGGAUUUUUGGGAAUUGUGUGUAUGAGAUUGGUGGAGUGGACCAGAACUAUACUGAAGAGCUGAAAAGGGCAUUUUCACAACACUUUAAGAUAAACCUGUAUAUCAAAGAGCUUGAGAUUGCAAAUGUUCUGAGUGGAGAGCUUGGGAUCAACAGUCGCAAUGCAUUGGAGUUUAGGAGUAAGAAGACAAUAUUUGAUGUGCCAGUAGAUGAUAUUGAGGGUGUGGUAGAUGUUAGGAACGAACUGUGUAUUUCGUUGAAGGGCAUGGAGAUUCGGUUUGCCUGUGACAACAGGACAGUGGAGGAGAUAAAGAGAAGUUGCAGUUCUAUGAUUGAUGAUGAAAUAUUGAAGAUUGAAGGGCUGUCUCUGUGCUAUCCACGAGGAAAGUUUGGAUUUGUAUUUUUCCAUGAGUAUUUCAGGAUGGUUGGAAGUAGCUAUGAGCACAAGAUAGCAUAUAAAGGGAUCAAGUCAUUGCAUGUACUUGAGAAGGGACAUGUAAACGACGGAGAGAAGUAUGUUGUGAUUGGAGUUGAUCCAUGUAUCAGGCAGGGACAGACUAUGUAUGAGUAUGUGGCGCUGUCAUUUGAUGAGAGUGAAGAAGAAGUAAAUGCGAAUGACACUAGACUAAAGAAGGAGUAUUCUGGAAUGCUUUCUGAUAUUUUUGUUGAAAUAAUGCAAGCGUUAUGUGUGAUAAGACCAAUAAGAAGUGUAUUUGAAGCUAAGGAUGGUAGUAGGAGCUUGAGAUGUGCGACGAAGGCAUAUGAGGGCCAGCUUUAUCCGCUUGAUGAUUGUGUGAUUUUUCUCCCUAAGGUGUUUAGACUAGACCUGAAUGUGAUGACGAUGGUUGAGUUUAGUAGAAUCAACCUUAGCACAAUGCAGGCGAAGACAUUUGAUAUGACGAUUUUUUGUGACAAGGCAUACAUAUUCAACGGAUUGGCGAAGGAUGAGUUUGGAGGGCUUGAGCAGUAUUUCCAUGAGAAAGGAAUAAAGGCAAGAAGCGAGGUGAUUGAUGAUGCGAUAAGUUCUGAACAUGAGUCUGAGGAGUACGAAGAUGACAGUAUUAUUGUUGAUUCUGAUGAAUGA